AUGAUUUAUCUCCGUCUGUCAUCAAACGCUGUAAUACUGAACCUUUCUUUAUAUAUAGGCUUUGGUCAUCACUUUGCCAGACAUUUAGACGACGUAGUAUUCACCGUGUAUGCAGCAGUCUUACACAAAGAUAGCGCAGGCGCAAAGAAGCUGAAGUCCCACAGCUCCAAGAGACUACACGUGCUUCAACUGGACGUCACCUGUGAUAGCGACAUCAAGGAAGCUGUAGCUUUCAUCACUGCACACUCCAAAAACAAAGGAUUAUGGGGCGUUGUCAACAACGCUGGAGUAAACGUAGUGGGGGAUAUGGAGACGACCCCGAUAGAUCAGAUUAAUCGAUGCCUAUCGGACAGUCUGAGACUAGAAAUGCGUCCCUGUGGGGUUGGGGUCAGCAUCAUAGAGCCAGGGAAAUUCGACGCCACUACGACCAUCAGUGACCCAGAAAUCGUGAAAAUUCGUCGAGAUGAAGUGGACAUCCCAUGGGAACCAGCUACGGAGGAAGUGAAGAGCUUUUACGGAAAGGACUACUUUUACCGGUUUUUCCUGAAAGACAACCAGGAGAAUUCCGCGGAGUCUCCGGACAAAGUAAUUGAGGCUGUAGUGGACGCCCUUCUAAACGAGACCCCUAGGGCGCGCUAUUUGGUCCCCGGCAGCUCUAGACUAGGCUUGUAG